AUGCUUUCUCGCGUUGAGAAACUGCGCCAAAAGUUUGUAUUCCCUGCCAGCAUCGCCUCUCAAUUCUCUGACAUUCAUGCGGGUAAUGGAUUUCGAGAAUUCUUCAAGCAACGAACCAUUCAACGCCAGCACGCCGAGACCACCUCAACUUCUGACACCUCACCCAACGAUUCUGCCCGCCUCUCUCGUCGCCACCGUCGUGGUGUUUUACCUGACGUUGAGACACUUACUCUAGAGGCGCUCUUAAAGCCUCUUUUCCAGCUGGCGAGAGCAGAUCCAUUAGGAUGCGGAUCGAUCCUUCUUGGACUUAUAUUCGAAGCAGUAAUCGCUUCAGCGACACCGUCUUCUAGUGGUGAUGCCUUCGUGAAGGGAUUAGGUGACACUCUUGGAGGCCUGCUGUCGCGAGGCCAAACUGUUUGUCUUCCACUAUUAUGGUAUUUGAGUGGGUUGGAGGGGAGAAUUCUUAGUCUUCUGCCGGAGCCAGCUGUUCUUGCUGCUUCUGCGAUUUCAGCUGGACUGCCUGCAAUUGGCACAUUGACGAUGGAAGAGGCUUUCUGCGCUGCUGCUAUGAGGUUCUCAAAAAGUAGUUGCGAAUCUCUGUCAACACCUUCUCAAUGGACAGCCACUACCCGUCGCUUCUUCACCUCGUCUUUGACUGGUUUUGUCUUGCCCCAUGAGGAAAUCGAAAUUGCCUCCGCGGAGAGCACCAACAAUCAGCCGGCCAUCACUACCACCGUUGCCACUUGUUGGUGGCAGCUGACGCGCCUCUACGCGGACUUGAACCUCAGCAAUGAGCUUCUUGGUUGGCUCUGCGAUCGAUGGAUCACAGGCUCAAAGUCAUCCCAUCUUCUGGAACAUCUAGGGACGGCUAUUGUUGCCAAAGUGUUUGGUGACUAUGAGGGCGCUUUUAUGCAGUUCUCGGAUGUACGAUCCUCUUCAAUUAUUGUUUUGCCUUAA